AGCACGGGACAGAGUGGAGGUGGUGGUCGAAAGCGGGGUGAAAGGCCAAGAGCGGCCGGUGAAGAGGCAAGAAACGGUGUGAAUGGCGCUGUCCCGACCAUCGACCGCCUCCAGUUGGGCUCCAGGAAGCCUAUAAGAAGGGCUCCCGUCCGCCCCAAAUCCCAUCCCCAUCGACCCAAGCAGAGUACCUCUUCACUUCAACAACCACACUCUUACCUCACAACUACCAAAACACUCCAUCAACAUGCAGAUCACCGCUCUCGCUGUCGUCCUCACCUUGGGCAUCAACUUGGUUGCCGCUGCUCCGGUUGCUGGCCCGAACUCACACAGCUCCCACAAAUCCCAGCCUGCUAUUGUUCUCGUCGGCGAUGGUAACGGUAACUUGGACGGAGACGGCAACAUCGUUGUGCCCGGCCGCGGUGGAGCCGCCGUCGUCGGAUCCGGCAACGGCAACGCCGACGGCGACUUCAACCGUGUUUCCCGUCGUGAGGCGAACUCUAAGCACAGCUCGCCGAGCAACAAACAACCUACCGUUGCUAUUGUCGGUUCUGGCAAUGGUAACUUGGACGGAGAUGGUAACUUCGUCCUUACCGGCCCUGGUGGGUUGGCUAUCGUUGGAUCCGGCAACGGCAACGGCGACGGCGACUUCAACCGUGUUUCCCGUCGUGAGGCGAACUCUAAGCACAGCUCGCCGAGCAACAAACAACCUACCGUUGCUAUUGUCGGUUCUGGCAAUGGUAACUUGGACGGAGAUGGUAACCUCGUCUUUACCGGCCCUGGUGGGUUGGCUAUCGUUGGGUCCGGCAACGGCAACGGCGACGGAGAUGGCAACCGUGUCUAUUAGGUGCCAUCGUGUUGGUGCUUGAGUUUACUUUGGUCUUUAGUAUUUUGUACGAUAUUUUCCGUAUGAAGUGAAGUUGAGUUUGGGGGGAUCUGUAUGGGCAAAAGGAAACGGUUGGCCACUACUCUUAGGGUUUAGUCAAUCAAAGCUGUAUCUUUUACUAAACA